AUCCUAGUUUGGAAUAGGAGUUAAAUUCAGCUAGAAUACACAAUUUCUUUACAUUCGAAUUCACGAGUAGUGUAUAGUUUUCCUACUUAAAUCUAGAGGCCAGGCUUAUGCGUAAGUUUGUACUUAACAUUGGUCCUUUGAGCCGGAUAUGUGAUUCCGGAUUUGUAGAGCCGGAUCUGUAGUUCCGGAUUUGUAAUUCCGGAUACAAAGAUUGAAGUAGAAAUCAAUUCUGAGAUCUGAAUACUGUUACUAUUGCAUUUGAUGUCCGGAUGAGGGAAAUGACACAUCGAGUUUCGCGAAAGUUUAUAAAUCAUUUCGAGUUUGAUAUCAAUAGGUAUCUACAAUCAGUACAAUGGAUUCGAUAAUGGAUCAUAUCAAUCAACAACUCGUGUUGAGUAAUUACAUAGCUAACACUUAUGAUAAUUUUAUCAAAAAAGGGUCCUCAGGAAUUACGAAACAAAGAAUAGAUAGUUACCUUUCCUCCUUAGAUGAAAAUUGGAAGAGGUUCAGUUUAAAUCAUGACGCCAUUUUACUGGCAGUUGCUAAACUUACAAGUGAAGACAGGCAGUUAAUUCUAACGCACUCGUAUUUCACGGAUCAAUUAUUUUCCGUGACUCACAUGGAUUACGUAGCAGCAGUUGAAAAGAUUAAGUCUAGUAUCAGUACAGACCAGCAAAAUUUGGCAGGGUCUUUGUCUGCACCAUCUCGAUCUCAGGAUACUCAUAUAUCCAACGUUUCUCAAUAUCAGGAUGCGCGUCUCCUUCAAAUUAACAUUCCGACGUUUGACGGUACUCCGUCAAAAUGGCUCAAUUUUAGAGACUUGCCAUUUUAUGACAAUCCUAGACUUCAAGUUAACACGGCAUUACAGUCUUUAGUUAAUCUAAAAUCAAUGAAAAAGGAAUCGGCUAGCGAGCUAGAAUAUUUAUACACUGCUGUUCUUCAAAUUUACAGAACAUUAGAAACGUUACAACGACCAGUGGACAAAUGGGAUGAUUUUCUCGUAUUCAUGACGGUACAAAAGUUAGACUCAGAAUCGGUUAAAGCUUGGGAGAAUAAACUAGGGUCAUCAAAGAUCCCUCCCUCGUGGCAAGAGCUUAACGAAUUUUUGAUUACUCGUCUUUUCUCCCUUCAGGCGCAUGAAAAAUCUCAAGUAGGAAAUACGGCCAAAACUCAUUACCAAGGAACGUCUGGCGAUAAUGCCUCGUCUAACACAUCGGUUUGUCCAAUUUGUAAAGAAAAACAUUUCAUUGUGAAAUGUCCUAAGUACAUAAAUGAGACUAUUGCUCAAAAGUUGGCACUCAUAGCCAAACACAAAUUAUGUUACAAUUGUUUAGGGAAGCACCGAGUAGCGAAUUGUAAAGUAACUAAGCGUUGUCGUACAUGUAGUAAAAAGCACCACACAACAAUACACAGAACAGAAACUUCUUUUAGCACUAAAGAUACAAAAUCAGAGCCUCAACAACAGUCCAGCCUUACCGAGUCAGGACAAAUCUAUAUAAAAUCAGAGCCUCAAGAACAGUUCAGCCUUACCGAGUCAGGACAAAGCUAACUUGUCUUCCAAUAUCGAUAGACGAUACUAGAUUAUCUGCAGGAAGAAGGAAAGUUAUUACCUUUAGCAAUUCCCAUUAAGUAAAAAGGACGAUAUUUAAACGAAUUUCAUGGAGGAGCGGAUUCUGUAAAGGAAGCUCAAAAAGGGCUUGUAAGCAUCGCGGGCCCUCGUUUACCAUGGUAGAAAACUGAGCUCAGUAUAAUUCCUUCUCGUUAAUUUUCUUGUGGUUGCAACCCGCGUGGAUAAUCAUUUAUUCUUUCUGUAAAUAAUAACUUAAAAUUACAUUGUCAAGAUUACCAAAAAAAAAACGUGAUUUCGAUAUUCAAGUGAAUACUGCGUUAUACUUGCGUCUAUUGUGGUUCAUUCCCGUUAAUUUUGACAUUUCUUGCGUUAUUAAGAUAAAACGUAUUAUCUGCGUAUGAUUAAUUAUUACUUAAUUGAAUUCUCUCUUCAUCUUCAACUGAGUUCGAUUAUAAACCGGUAUAUUACUUAUUGGAUAAUUUGCUGUAUUGCUUGAAUUAAUGUGUCAAUUAAUAUUGAAAAGUGCGUUAUAUUCGAUUUGUAGAAACACUCAGAAUAGGCUGUCUUAGCAUAAUCCUUUAUCUCUUUUAGAAGAUAGUUAUUGCUCUUUCGAGUACAUGUAUAAUUUUAUAUUAUUUAAUCACUUCAUCUCUGGAAGGAUUAUUUCCUGAUUACCAGCUAAUUGACGCAUUACUUCAUUUAUGAUUAUUCCUUGUAUAUUAAUUGAUAUUUAUUCGUACUAUAUGCUUUGAAAAUGUGUUUAACAUGAACGAUCUUUUUUCUAAGAUAGAUUAAUUCUGGAAUACACUGCGUCAACAUUUUCGAGAAAUGAGGAUACUUGAUAUCUACUUUCUUUAGAAGAGUUUGAUACAAGAUUACAAUAAUAUUGAAUUAUGCACAAGAAAGAAUUAUUCUCUAAUAAUUAUUCUUUUUCAUUGUAUUUUAUGCAGCUGAUUAUUUUGUACAAUACCUUAUUAUGCGACUUAUGUAUCGACUAUGAGACCUAGUUUGGAAUAAGAGUUAAAUUCAGAAUA